CGUCGCUAGAUGGCAUCAUAUAAGGCUGAGCUGUGUGUUUACGUAUGGCGCACAUGCAUAGCUCAGUAAAUUAUGGAUUUUAACCUCUUACUCGCAGAAUUGAGGAAUGCAGCUCAACAAUAUUGUCAGAAAAUAUCCGAUAAAUAUGCUGCAACCGUUGCCUACUGCGAAACAGCGUGCAAGACAAUUGACAAGCUUGAGAAUGUGGAAGAUUAUGAGAACAAGGUGAUCGGAUUAUGGAUAAUCCUGGGCUACAUCGGAGAGAUGUACUCUCGACUGACAACUGGACCCGUCACAAAUGCUCUGUGCCAGAAAUUGUUCCGGCACUGUGCACGGACUGUGUUGAACAUCCAGUGGCAGCAACUUGCCGAUGACAGCCAGAGCAAGCAGAACUUCCACACCACGCUGGAGACGUUCCACACCAAGCUGUCCUCGCACAAUUACACACGGUUCAGCCUCAUCCACGACCUCAUCCAGACGGGCUGGACCCACCCGACCCUGGGCCUAGUCAUGGCUGAAGAGGACGACAACGAGGAAGAGGAAUGUUUGAACUACAUCAAGCAAGAGGACCCUGUGAUCCUGAAGAUCCGUGUGGAGAUCAUGAUUCAGGAGAACUGUGAGGAGUUUGCACUGAACCUGUGCUCAUGGUGCCUUAAACACCCCGCUCUGACAGAUGACCUUGACAUUCGCCAGACACAACUGAUGCUGCUGCACAAGCUGAACCAGCAGGAUCGUCUUCAGGAGGAGUGUCAGAAGAUCCCCUGCCAUGAUGGCGUGCGUCUCAUUACGAGGCUUCAGCAGACGGAAAACAACAAAUCACUGUGUACUGAGCUGGCACAGACCUUCCUCGUCCAGGACUGGAUCCGACCUUCGGACCACUGCAGUAGCAAGGAACUGCUGACGUUGUGGAUCCGCCACCAGUAUCUGGCGGAUGGCGACCAGGACAAGUUCCUCAGCAGCGUGUGGGCCGUGGCCAAACUGUCCCGCUCCACCGAGCAGAUCGGUCUCAUCAUCGAUGGUGUGAGAGAAGAGUGUGGCAACAUGUUCCUUCAGCUGUACACAGACCUCUGCAUCUUCGCCAUCAACUACGACAAGAGCUGCCUGGAGAAACACAUGCAGGAGGGAGACAUGGACGGACUUCGGGAGAGACAACAAGCAAUGGCAGCCACGUGUGAGAAGCUGUCUCUCAUAUAUGCCACCCGCAACCCCAAAACCGCCAUGUAUUCUGCCGUCACUGCCUUCGCCCUCAACCCCAACCAGGCAACUCUGGCCGCCGUCAAGUCCUUCUACGUCAACCAGAGCCUGUCUCUAGUCAAAGACAGGGGCAAGGUGUGUUGUUCCAACUGUACCAACAAAACCGGAGAGUGCGAUCACCCCAGCAAAAGUGGCAAGAUCAACCCAGCCACGUUCUUCGAAGUGGAGAGGCUCCUGAACAUGCUCCGACCCUACUACUUGAACCCGGAUCACGACUGGCUGUCACUGGGCCCUGCAUGCGACAAGUAUCUCGCAGAGAGGGAAGCAGUCGCCCAGAACUACUCCAAUGAAGAUCUCAUCAAUGACAGUAGCUCUGUGAGCGAGGGAAGCAUCCCCGAGCUGGACCAGAGUGGGAUGAGUCCUCAUAGCUCCCAGAGGACCCUGCUCCACCAGCACCUCGUCAGACCCAUCAACUCCAACAUGCCAGGCUACACGGAACAAAUCACUCAGGUGUCGAAACAUCUCAAACCAUUCACUGCUGUGUCGGCAGCCAAGGGCCAGAGUCAAGAUGUCACAAGCAGCAGUAUUGCGAGUAUUGAGCCAACUCUACAACUGUCGGAUGCUGAGCUGGGAGACAAGCAUACUCUCAUCCGACAGUUGCUCUUUGCUACAGAAGAUCUCUCUCUGGCUGACCUCCCCGACACACAUACUCUGAAUGAGUUGCUGCAGCAGGGCAACAUUGACCUCAUGCCUGAGGCGUUUCAGGAGAUCACCAUCGACAACAAUGGUUCUGGCGGGGAGGAGAUGUCGGUGCCGGUGCCAGGCCACAUGAAGCACACCACCCCUGUGUCGGCAGCUGAUCCCCUCUUCUCGUCACUCAACAUCGCGGAACAGGAAGUCCCCCAACACGAUGCUGUGGCAGUCCCUCAACACUCACAGUCCGCAGGGCACACGCUACAACAGCUGCAGCUGCUGCAACAGCAACAGCUUCUUUCCAAGAUUGAAACUUUGAAAAACUGCAAACCACAAGCUUCGAACAAGAUAGCAAUGAAAUUAGUGUCAGCAUGUGCAACAACCAGCCAACCAUUUCAGUCAACGCCAUCCACACAGGCUCGAUCAGGACACAUACACACCAAGCACAUGCCAGGUAGUUCAGGAGCUGUGAAGCCCCCCUCAUCCGCGAAAUCAUCAGUGGGGUCAGCUGUAUUUCACAUCACCUCAGGCCUCUUACGUGUUCCUUCACAGCCACAGACCACCCAGUUGCCAGUACCCACACACCAGGAGCAAGCUGUCAUCCUUCAUGACCAGUCCAGGGGGACGUCACUGCCAGGUCAGCAAAUGGCAGUGGCAUUCACCGGGGGACAGGUGCCCUCCCAGUCUAUGCCUCAGUCUCAGUAUUUCACAAAUCUUGCUCAGACAGUGCAGCAACAAGUGGUUCAGCAGCAAGUGGUCCAGCAACAGGUGGCCCAGCAACAACAUGGCUCUGUUGCUGUCAAUCUCAUUGGAACUCGUGCAGUGGCCCUCCCUGUGUCUGCCCCGGUCCAACAGGCCUCUCCACCAUCGGUGAAUCUCGGUGUGCAACCCACAUCAACUGUUGCUCAGAUUGCACCUUCUAUUGCAGCUCAGCUAGCUCAGCCCCAGCUGGUACAGUCCCAAGUUCCGGUUGCCGUGGUGAACCAACACCUAGGACAGACCACGAUGUCCACAACUUUCAGUCCGGGUAGGCCGCAGGUUCUGAGGCAGCAGCAGCAGCAGCAGCAGCAGCAGCAGCAACAACAGCAACAGCAACAGCAACAACACCAGGGGAAACCACAGCUGGCAGGUGUUAACCAACAUCGAGUACAGAAAACUGAUCACAUGAAAGCAAGUUCUGUUGUUACAGCUAAUCUCCAACAAAUGCUCAAACUAUCUUCAAAGACUGUUACUACCACAGAACAGAAAUCAGUUCCUGUAGAUAAUGCUGUUUACACAAGUACAAAUCAUCCUCAUGUUGCUCUGAAAAGUAGGAGUCCAGUUUUUCCUAUUGUGAAGAAGAAAUCAGAAAUCACUGGCAAGACCAUGAUACCUGCUGAUGCUACUGCUCCAAGUCCUGCUAUGGACAGUAACGUGCCCUUUGUUCUCAAGUCCUCAUUAACCAAGCCAAAGCCCAAACCUAAGAGUAAGGCCACAAUAUUUACCAACUCGAUGAUAAACUCCAGAGUAACAACAAACACAGCAUUGUUAGGUGGAUGUGGCAAGCAGAGUCUGACCUGUGUAAAGCCCCUGCUCUCUAGUGGGUCCACAGUGUCCAAGCCUGGGACACUGCCCCAAGUAAUACCUUGUCCGAACACAGCUGACCCUUCAGUUGCACCAAUGACUGAUCCAGGCGCCAUCUCCACUGAAACGAAGCCAAGUCCUGUGGAAACAAACCCCAGCAUCUCCUCCUCCUGCUCAUCCACAGUAUCUUCACCAGUGGACGAUGUUGUUGCUCCAAUCUCCUCAACUGAUAAGCCAAAGAAGGCAUCAAAGAAGCUCUUCAAUGUCUUUUAUCGAUGCAAAAUAUGUCAAGAGCAGUUGCUGUCUCUGGAUGAUCUACGGAAACAUAUCCAGUCUAUAUGUAGAGCAGAAGAGUUUGCUCCGUCUGAUUCGAAUGGUGAAACAUCAGACCUGUCUGUGAAGCCUGGACAUUUGAACCCCAAACUUACCAUCAAGUCACUGGAAGCGUGUAGGGUAUACCAGUGCCCUGUGUGUAAGAUGUUUUGCGUGACAGACCCAGAAGUGCUUGACCACAGAACACGAUGCCUGAAGAGCAGAUGCAGACCACGAAAGAAAUGUGAGAAGCAGCCAUCAACUGAAGGAGUUCCUGGGCAUCCAAACACGGCAGUGGAAGGUUACAGAGGACCGUGCACCCCGCCUGUGCCGGCCGCAGCUCCACCUCCUCCACCAGAACCCCCUAUAGAUCUGGCAGCCCUGGAUUUAACAAACACAGACGAUCUGAAAAAAUUCAUUGAACAUUUCAAACGACAGGAGAUGAUGAAGGAGAAGGCUCAAGCGCCGCCAUGCAAACCGAAGAGUAAGAAUAAGAAAGUGGAAAUCCCUAAGGCUGUAGUGUCAGUUAUGUCUGGUGUAGUCGACAGGUUAGAGGCAGCAACAGAAACAAUCUCCACAACAGCAUCUGCAACAGUGACAUCUACUACCCAAUCAUCCGCAACAGCGACAUCAACAACCCAGUCACCAGCAGCAGCCAUGGCAGCCAUGCUACCACCACCAGGACAAACGCCGUUACCCUCCAUGGAAGCUAAAUCUAAGGCACCAAAACCAAAACCAAAAACAAAAACAACAAAACCUAAAAAAACACCAAAUCCAAAGUUCAAAGAGCUUUGUCAUAAUGGGAAUACCUUUUUCAAGUGCUUUUUGUGUAAACAAACAUUUUGCCGUAUGGAAAGUUUAGUUACUCAUUGGCCUGAGUGUUACAACCUCAAUGGACCUAUCAGAAAACCCAAGAAGGCGUCUGAACUAAAACUACCUACCUCGGGGAUGCUGGCUGUUGUCUCAGACGGUGGUGUUCCCGUUGCCAUGGCACCUGGGAUGUCAGGUGUGGCAGAAUCUGGUGAAACAGAAACCAGCUACCAAGAUGCAAAGGAAAUAAGUAAGAGUAUAUCUGGCUUGCAAAGUAAAUCCAAGAAAAAUUCCAAUAAGUCAAGCCCAAGUAAGCCCAAACAACCACCUGUGCCUAUAGACGGUAGGGAGCUGGCUAGGUAUGUAGAUGCCAUACAGUCUGUGAUAGACUCUUCAGGGCGGUAUGUUCCAGAGAGUCCAGAUGUGAUGGAUAGGACACAGGGAGACCUGCCUCUAGGAAGUGCAGGCAUCAUCAUGGCUGGGGCCGGUGAUGUCCCAACACUACAAGCCACUGGUGACAACACUGCAGCUCUGGUACCAAAGAAGAAGAAAAAAGUGAAGGCAGCAAUCCCUGCAGGUGAAGGCAACAGCGAGGGGGCAACGGGCGACGUGGGAAGUGCAGGCAUCAUCAUGGCUGGGGCCGGUGAUGUCCCAACACUACAAGCCACUGGUGACAACACUGCAGCUCUGGUACCAAAGAAGAAGAAAAAAGUGAAGGCAGCAAUCCCUGCAGGUGAAGGCAACAGCGAGGGGGCAACAGGCGACGUGGGAGGUGCAGCCUCAAAGAAAAAGAUCAAACCAGCUGGAGAUGGCAGUGGUGCUACUGAAGGUACUCCUGCUCCCAAGAAGAAGAAGUCCAAGAAAAGUGAUAGAAUUCCAACUGAUGAUGUGUUUGAAACUGUACCAAAGCUGCCCGGGGACAAGUCUUCACCAAAAAAGAGGAACAAGCCAAUCCCCAAGAAGAAGCAUGUGAACGUGAAGCAAAUGCUGAAAGACCGCCUGGAAUGUUUGCUGAGUGGGAAGAAAGAUAGAUGUGAUGUUAGGAGUGAUGGCAAGAGCGUUCCAUUAUCUCCCAGAAGUAAAGGCCGACCUAAACCACAGAUCCUGUCGGAAACAAGGCAGGUGAUCAUCAUUGUUGGCCUGGAGUGGGGUUGCGGAUGUGCUCCAUGUGGAACUCUGUUCCGGAAUCAUAGGAACCUCAUCCAACACCUGGUUAUCAAACACUUACAGCCAUACUCCACUCGCAAGGGGGAGUCUGGGGCAACUGUGUGCCAUCUCUGUCAACAACACUUCCCAGCUUUCAUCUCCUACUUGAACCAUACUCCUCAGCACUCCGAGAUCAUUUUAGAAAGAAUGGAUGCUUUGAUUGAAGAGAAAGGUGAUGUAGUCGAAGUGGAGAAGAGUCCAGAAAAGGAAGAAUCAGAGGAAAAUUAUGUUCCGUUUCCUGACAUUCAGGAAGCCCUGAACGACAUGCUGAAGAUCCGACAGCAGCAGACGCAGGGAGAUGAUGGUCUAAAGCUCCGUCCCGAGUCUGUUGGCGAUGUUCACCUCUUGUCCCCUUGUGCAGCAGCUGGUGAUCAUCAGACUGCACUGCCGACAUCCAUGUCCCUGGACUCGCUCCACGAAUUUCUGCCUGACCCUUCGAAAGAAAACGUUGAUGAACUUGCAGCUUUUGCAAGAAUGAUAAAUGAUCCAGCCCCUCAUUCAGACAUUACAAGCGGAAUCUCAGAACAAGCGUCAUUCCAGCCUGUAGCUCCAGUGAUCAGUUCUAAAGUCUGUCAGGAACAAGGUCCUGACUCGGGACCUGCUGCCAGUAGUGUGGUUGUACCAAGUUUCCCUGAUCAAAGUAUCAAUGAAACCACCAUUGCUGUUGAACCUAGUGCUGCACUUUCUCAGGAACAGGUUUCUGAGACCAGUGUGACUUGUAAGGAAGAUAUAGAAAGAGACUUGAUUUGUGAGACUCCAUCAGUAGAUGUGCUUCAAUUGGGUGACCAAAUGCCUCAAACUGAAGCAGAAGGCAUGACAAAUGUGGAUUCUGUAGAAGCUAAACCUAAUGACCAUGUCACAGGCAUUGAGCUGGAGAGUUUUGAAGAGAAAAAGAGUUUUGCUGAGGAAUGCCAAGAAACUGUUGCCCAAGAAUUAUGUAAUACUGGGACAGAAAGUGAGCCAUGUCCAUCAACAGGUAGUGUCAACACUCCCGCCCCUGUCGGAGGUGAGGAGGUUGGAGUGAGCAUGGCCGGACCUGCUGAUUACCUGGCAGAGGACAGCAGCGUCUCCACAGAUCAGCAAGUUCAAGUAGAUCAGAACCAAGUGAAUGUCAAACAUUUAAGAAGCCACCCAAGAAAUACUGAAUUCCUGACCAGCAGCAAGUCAGAUAUCUCAAGCCCUGUUGUUACUGAUAAGACUGACAUUUCUGAAUGUAAGUUGACCUUAACCAAAGAUGAGUCCAAAGGAUCUGAUUCACCCAGAGGAACUGAUCUGCGGAAAGAACAGGACGGGUCUUCUAAGUCAGAAGAUCAGGAAACUACUUCAGAGUUAAAAGCCAUUGUGAAACAUCUGAGAAGCAAUCCCAGAAAAGCUGACUUUGUGGGUCAAGAUGAAUCUGACUUGAAAAAAGCAACCAAAGCAGAAUCUGAAUCAGCAAGUCAAGAAGUGAAAGAUGUCCCUUCUGUUGAACAUCGCGAUGGCCUGCUGAGCUCUGAUGGGCAGGAUUCUGAGGAGGAUGUGGAAGCUGGUACUGAACCCAAGAGAAGUCUGAGAAAGACCAUGAACCGAGUAUCUAACCCUGAAAUGGCACACAAAGAGUUCAGUUCUGGAGACAGUGGCAACAAACAAGAUAGGGUUUCCACAAGGAGGGAAAAGAUGAAAGGCGAUGAGCCCAGAGUUGAGAGGAGGGUCAUGAAUCAGCCAGACCGAGUGUACAGGCUGAGGAAGACAAUUCCUGCUAAACAGUUCUACAAAGGUUCGCUAAAGAUGAAACCACGGACAUCCAGGAGCAGUAUCCUGGAUGUGCUACACAGCAGCAAGAAACUGUCGUCGAUGAAGACGCAGAGUAGACAAUCUGUUGGUAGGCUAAACAGGACUCAAGGCAAUAGGAAGGAAGAAAACAAAGUGCUCAUAAAACGAACCCCAGAAAGACCUCAUAGUGCUAAAUUUGUCACCAGAAGCUUAACGAGACAAAUAGUGGUUCACUCAAACGACAAUCGACCCAAAUCAGCUCCUGCAUCACAAACUAUUAACCCUGACCACAAUAUGUCUCGCAGGACAAGAGGAACUCAGAGAAAAAAUGAAUUUGGACUAAAAUCAUUUGAGGUUCGUCUGAACAACUUGUCAGCAGAGACCGUGAGAAGAAAGAGUGCUGAGCUGGUCAACGCCCCAGCUGAUGCAUUGCCGCGACGUGCAUCAUGUGAUGAGUUGACGCCAUCAACAUUGGGCAACAGGAGUGGGUCAUGUGAUGACCCCAAGUCACCACCUCCAUCCAAACAAAAUCCAACAAGUCCAUCAUUCUUAGAUUCCUUUUUGUCCUACCUCAAUACCCGUUCAGAUGAUGAUGAUCCUUUCAAGAAGCAAAAGCUGACAAAGAAAUGUGCAAGACAAGAGCAGAAAAAUGAGACUGAUAACUCUAAUGAAGAAACACAAGGGGGAGAUGGGAAACAGGUCGAAGCAGAUACUGCAUCAGAGGAUAGCAAGGAGGGUUCAGAAGAGUCUUCGCAUCAGAACGCCACUCCCGAAGACUAUCAAGGAACACAAGAAGAGGAUGCUGUGUAUGAUCCACAGUUGAAAGUUUUGGAGGCAGAGAUUAGGCCUGCAGAGACAUCAAUGAUUCCCACUGACACCGUUCAAGUAACUCCGAAUGAGACAGUAGAAGUUUGCACAGGUUACACAGAGAGUGUGAAGGAGGAUGAGCCGACUGAGGCCAGCAGACAGACUGUGGCCAUGAGUGAGGUGGACAUGGCCGACUGUCCUGACAUGGAAGAAGAUGAGGUGAUUCUCCUGGAGGAGUUCGGGGCAAGUGGAUCAAACACAUCUCAGGACGAAAAACCUCCAAAAGCAAACGAACAACAAGAUGCAACUGUGAUAGCAGCAGCAGCGGGUUCUGAUCAGAAAGCAGGAAGUGCUGGACACAAGCCGCUGGAAGCUGGGGCUGAGAUACAGGACACUGCCAUUGAAGACAAGCUAACCUGUGAUAACACAAUAGAUGUGCCAACAGAGAACAAAACAUCAUCUAAUUCUGUUGAUGCAACUGUUGUAACUCCACAUACAGAUAACAAGAAAAAUGGGGAGGUCCCCGAUCAAGCUAUUAACAAAAAUAAUGUUACUACACCUGUCACAUCUGAUGUCGCCGCAGACAACUCUCCUCAGAGGGAGGACAAGUUGAAAGGAGUGAAGUCCCUGAGAGAGAAGGUCAAGUCCGAACCCUUUACCUGGGAUGUUGAUGACGAGGAGGAUCAGAAGUUAGCUGAGCGGAAUCAAAGAUCUCUGAAAGCGUUCAGGCAGCAGGUGAGCAUUGCACCCUUCACUUGGGAUCUGGAUGAAGAGGAGCGAGCCCACGUAAUCACGGACAUUGAGCACGUGCAAAUUGCUCCCGUGUCCUCCUGCAGUGUCACACGGAACACCCGGUCCCGGAGGAGCAUGAAGCUGUCCACAGACUCACGGGACAGCAGAGGCAGCUCCGACAGUGAGAAGAAGGAAGCCAGUAUUGAAUGUGAAGCAACGCUCACAACGGUGACCUGGAAUGUAGAGGUGGACGAAGAUGGUGGGGAUGAUGUCGAGGCUGUAGGGAGGGUGGUGGACAAUAUCGACAGCAUCAACUGUAUCCGAGUCAGCAGUGUUGUCCCGAGUAAUUCUUGUAAGAGGAAAGUGACGGACAUUGAGAGCCAGGAACCACAUGCCAAAAGAUCUGUUGUUACAAUUUCUUCGGGUGAGAGCUCCCCUUCUGUGGAGAGUGUUGAGUUUGUGAGUGACACACUGCCAGUGGAGGACGGGGAUGCCAAGACCAGUGUGAUGGUUGUUCCAGCACCAGAUGCUGAUUCUGUCACUGACUCAAAUGAUAGUCUCAAGGCUAGCAGAAAGUCCGACCCUAAACCUGCCAUAGAUAAAUCAGUUAGAGUUGUCUCCCUCAGUAAGGAAAAUUUAAAUCAGAAAGUCACACGCAGUUCUGUGAUCCUGACGCGGAAGGCUGCCAAGUCGAAGGCUCUCUCAGCAGAUCAGCCGGCCAGCAAGAAAUCCAGGACAAGCUCCAUCCCAGUCACCAACCACAUGCCGGCCAUGGUGCGGCGCAGCUCCAAGAACAUGGGCUACUCCAACCGCAAACGUCCGGUCAACAGCAAGACCAACCCCCCUCCCCGGGUCCAGGUGAUUCGAGUUGACCCCAUCCUGGAGGGUGUGACCACACGGCGGUCAAGGCAUGGGUCCAGUGAACGCACGGUACACACGCCAGUCGCUAGUGAUCAGAUUCAACAAUCAGCAGCCACAGGCACUGACCAUAAGUGGACAAUAAACAAACGGAAGAACUUUGCAUAUCAAUUCUCACGGACACGAAGGGACAAGAAGCAGCACUGACAUAGUUAUCUCCCUUGUUUAUUGACAGUUAUCUCCCUUGUUUACUUUUCGAAAGUCAUCUUUGAAUCGAAAAAGUGUAGUAUUAUGUGGGGUGUGUGUAUUUGGGGUAUUCUGGAUCAAUAUUACUUGAAUGUAUUUUUAGAUUUCUUUGUAUCUAUUUUAUUAAUACAGAACAAAUUGAGAUUCAUGUUAAACCAGUCUUAGAAUUGUACAUUUUGUUGAAUGCUUCACAUAAAACCUACCACCAAUACAUUUUAUGCAUGUUUAACCUUGUUACAAAUCUGUUUUAGAGAGGUUCUUGUGCUAAUAGUUUAUGUUCAAUCAGUAGAGUGAUGUGAAAGAAUUGAAUCUUGUUUUGAGAAUUUGAUGAUCUACUUAAAUUGAAUUAGUGAUUUGGUGACUAUUUCACUUUAUCAUUCAAACUUGGCUUCAACUGGAAAUAUCGCUAGUAUCUCCUAGUAGAUAUCACUGCAAUGAAAUGAAAUGAUUAUACUUUGCAGGCCAUUGUGAUAUCAUUGGUUAACAUGACAUCACAAUCAAAUGACAUCACAAAUCUCUCUGCCACUGAAUAUUUACUCUCAAGACGGUUCACAAACAGAAAAAGUUGGCAGAAUGAUUUUCGAUGAUCAAUAGAAUCUUACUCUUGUGUCUUCUAAGCAGAAAUAUAUCGAGACAUGAUAAGAAUUAAAGUAUCCUUGGCAAGCCUUAGAUAUUUGUAACUAUUAUCAACUCAUCCUGAUAUUUUUUAUCUCGUAAGACACUUGGGUAUGCUGGAUCAACAAGUUGACAGCAGCAAGUGAGACAACUACAGAAUGUAACAGACCAGAUAUUCCUGCCAGGAACAACUUGUUCUGAAGAACAGAUAAUUCUUAUUUACAUGAGACUCAUAAUAUUCACAAGUUGUAUGAAUCAGUUUCUGUUAAAUGAACACAAGAAUACAGUAUCAGUUGUGGGAGUCAGCAUCUACAUAGGAUGUGAGCAGAUGAAGACUGGGGACUGUGGGUUAGCAUGUAGUUGUGGAAUCACUUUGGAACUUAAGCCUACUUAAUGGUGAUUCUACCCAGAGCAUCCGAUGUUCAGAACAUGGAAACUCAAUCUUUGUGUUCAGUGUUGCACUUUAAGUGGUUUGCAUAAUACGGAGUUCUUCUAGGCAGAGGGAGUGUAGCUGGAUAUUCACACAAGUAUCUGUUUAUUUUAUCUAUGAGGCAAGUGCAUUUGUUGGGCAUGUUUGAUGUUAAGAUAUCCAGACCUCAAGUCCAGUGUGGAGACAUAUUCUGAAUCGGGCUCAGGGGUCCAUUUCACAAGGCUAUCGUAGCGCUAACGUUAUCAUAAUUCCCAUACUUUAUCAUAGACUUACAACUGUCGUAGCGCCAACGUUAUCGUAAUUCCCAUACUUUAACAUAGACUUACGACUGUCGUUGCGCUACGAUCGCCUUGUGGAUCAGGGCCCUGGCUGGCACAUGAGAAUCUUGUAAUAAUUUCAUAAAAAAACAUUCAUAAAGUUUGGUCUUGUACAUGAACAUUAUUACUAAUCAAUUUGGCAUUGUGAUGAUUUUUAUGGGUAGUUGUAGAGUGUUGUUACUGAUGCUGUCUUUGGUGCUAUUAGAACCUUACGUAGUUCCAUGGUGUUGUACUUCUGUGGGCACCAUCACCGUUGUACAUUCAUCCAAUGCUGGGUAAGUCCUGUGCUUGUGGAACACGGUUCUUUCCACUUUUUCUACCAUUCUAGAUUAGACUCCUUUGCAUUUAGUCUUUCAGAUUUGUGUCCUUUUUCAAAUUGUCUACUUUAGUUUUAGACUGGUAUAUGUCACUGUUUCCACAUGUUGAACAGUUUGUGUGUGUAAAGGUCAUGUGUAGGUAUUGAUGAUUGUCUUGUAAAAAUUUCUUGACUGUCGAGGAGCUAAUAAUCGAUUCAAUUUGUUCUUUGUGUGUCUGGUCGUUAUGUCGAACAGACGGUCCAUCAUCACAGACUUCCUCUGUAGUGCUGGUGUCGCGAUGUCGAACAGAAGGCCUUCGAUCAUGGACCAUCACGGUUGUCGAGGCCUUUGUCAGUCAGUGUGGAUGCUGAGCUGACGUGCCCUAGUGGGCGGCAUGUAUAUAAACUAUGUACUGGUACAUACUAUGAAAGAGUCAAGGCAGCAUAUUUCUAGUCUGUUAUUAUGCAUGUUGAACAUGCCUCCAUGUCAUCCUACAAGUGUGCUAUUUAUUAGUGUUUAAUAUCACUUUCUCAUGUUGCAAUUUCAUAUGCAAAAUCAAGGCUUCCAAAAGUCCAUUAUCAUAAUCAUCUUGAAGCUGUUUAUAAUACAUGUUGUCAUUCAUCUUCUGUAUAUAAGUUUGUGUAUAUAUUGUAUGAAAUGUGAGUGGUGUUUAUGGCGGCAUAAUGUGUGUGCUUCCUCCUCGUCAGGCUUGUGCACAGGAAACCAGCAUAACUCCCUUCAUGCAUCUUCUACCACUUUGAUACUUUACCUACCUGUCUGCCAUACUGGCUUUGUAAAUCAAAAUAGAGAAUGUUUCAGUGUUGAUGCCUUUAAAUGUAUAAUUGGGACAGUAAAAUGUCACAGUUUU